UUUAGCCAAAGACACAACUCACCGAUCAGCCAGUGACGUCGCAUGUCAGGGCUCGAUCCGAUUUCUAGUGUGAAUAAAUCUAUCCAUUACUUUCGCAAAUUUGAUUGCCUACCAAUAGUUGUAUUAUUUGUUUGAAAAAUGAUGCGUUGGUUGCUAUUUCUUGGGCUGGCAGGCUACUGCUCGGCUUUUUUCGAUCCCAAAUGCAAUGGCAAGCAGGUCAUGGUCCACCUUUUCGAAUGGAAAUGGACAGACAUCGCCGCUGAAUGCGAACGUUACUUAGCAGGAGCUGGAUAUUGCGGUGUCCAGGUAUCACCACCUAUGGAACACGUCAUUUUACCAGAGAACAACUACCCUUGGUGGCAACGCUACCAGCCGGUUAGCUACAAAUUGUAUUCCCGAUCGGGUAGCGAAGCCGAGUUUAUUGACAUGGUUCACCGUUGUAAUAGCGUCGGCGUCAGGAUUUACGUCGAUGCUGUUGUUAAUCACAUGACCGGAACGGGUCGAUCCGGAAUUGCGGACGGUGGGUCAUCUUAUAACGCUAACGGUGAUGCUCGUGAUUUUCCAGGGGUUCCUUACAGUGCUGAACAUUUUACGCCCCGUGAUCAGUGCCCUUCCGGCGACGGCAAUGUCAACGAUUACAGCAACCCAUCCAACGUGAGAAAUUGUUAUCUGGUCGGCCUGACUGAUUUGUAUGGGAAAUUGGACUACGUCCGUGAGAAGGUCGCCGGUUAUUUCAAUCAACUCAUCCAGAUCGGAGUGGCUGGAAUUCGAAUUGACGCAGCCAAACACAUGUGGCCUGAGGAUAUUUCGGCUACUCUUUCUAGAUUGACCGACUUGCCAACAGACCAGGGAUUCCCGGCAGGCUCCAAAUUCUACGUGUUCCAGGAAGUGAUUGAUCAAAACGACGGAGCCAUCAAAGUCGACGAAUACUACAACACAGGAUACGUGACUGAAUUCCGUUACUGCUCUAAAAUCGCUUGGGGUAUCAAGGACUACGGACAACUGAGCAAUUUGAUCGAUUACGGAUGGGGUAUGGCCCGCUCUGAUAGGGCUUUCAUCUUCACCGACAAUCACGACAACCAGCGCGGUCAUGGAGGAGGCGGAAAUGUCAUCACGCACGAAAGCCCACGCGAUUACAAACAGGCCGUUGCCUACACCCUGGCCCAGGAUUACGGUUUCACGCGGAUAAUGAGCAGCUAUUACUUCACCAACACUGACCAAGGGCCACCCAGUAACGGAGGCUACAGCACGGCUGAUGUCAUCAUUAACGAUGAUGGCAGUUGCGGUGGCGGAUGGGUUUGCGAGCAUCGCUGGAACGUCAUGAAGAAAAUGGUUGAAUUCCGUAACGCCGUAGUCGGUACCUCAAUGGAGAAUUACUGGAACAACGGUAAUGCGGUGGCAUUCUCCCGCGGAAAUAAAGGAUUUUUCGCCAUGGCCAAACAAGGAUCCAUGUCCGAAAGUCUUCAGACAGGUUUGCCCGCCGGAAGCUACUGCAACAUCAUCGACGAUUGCGCAUCAUCCAUUCAAGUCGGAGCAGAUGGCAUGGCGCAGAUCUCAAUUAACAACUACGAAGAACCCAUUCUGGCCGUCUGUGCUGGUGGUUGCGGAGGUGGUGGAGGCACCCCAGGACCAACCAUUCCGACUACAACUGGUCCGACUCCCCCUCCCAUGACGGGUGUCCAGCGAACAGUGGUCUUCGUAAAGAAACAGACGGCCCCAGGUCAAGAUUUGUUCAUCCGCGGUGGAAUCGAUUCAACCGUUCGCCCUGGAUGCACUCAAGACAUCACUUCCACUUGCGCCAUAGAUUUCCAGAUGAAAUCAUUGGGGGCAAGUUCCCAUUACGAUAAGUACAACAGCUGGAGCACCGGAGACAGUCGACUUGAUUGGUACGGAGCCGAGCCUGGACAAGGAUCUUAUGUGGGUCAAACUGCCGAAGGAACUCCUUUGGCUUGGACCUCGAACUCGGCUUCCAGCCCCGGAUAUCAAAGCCUUAACGCUUGGGGAGAUCAUUACUGGAUGGUCGAAUUCGAUAUGGAUUGCUCCCAGAGCGAAAAUGGAUGGUUCGAAGUGAAAUCUUUCCUUACCAACGGAGCUGGAUGGGAAAGUGACAUCAGUCAGUCUACAUGCACAGGAUCAGCCGGUGGACGUGCCCCUUACACAUCCAAGAACCAUUUAGGCCGUUGUGGUUUCGUUAACGUGUUUGAUUUCGGAAUGAGCACGUGCCAGAUCAACCCGUUUUCUGCAUAGAUUAUCCAUUGAUGGAAGUUCAAUUUUGUUUAACUGCGAAUGAAGUGCUUACAUACUUUGAGUUUUUCAGUUUUGUAUUACCGUAAGGGAAAAACCAAUCUAUUGGCGUAACCAAAAGUUUAAAAUAAAGGUCUCGUUUAUAAAUAGAAA